AUGACCGCUAAGCAAGCUGUCGUCCGGCAUGCGCGCCGCGAAGAAGCGCAGAUCAUCCUUGAUAUGAUCCAGGAGCUGGCCGACUACGAGCGUGAGUCCGACGCCGUCAAGGCAACGGUCCAGACGAUCCAAGAGACAGUCGCCUUCGCUCCAGACAACGCCACCAGUGACAGCCCCUCGGCGCCUGUAACAGAACCCACAUCGCCCACUCGGCCUUCGCGCUGCCUUCUGCUGUUCACGCCAGAGGGCGAAGCCGCAGGCAUGGCGCUCUAUUUCUACAACUACAGCACCUGGCGAUCCAAGGCUGGUAUCUACCUCGAGGAUCUGUUCGUCCGACCCCAGUAUCGCGGGAAGGGAUAUGGCAAGCGGCUGUUGGUGGAGCUGAGCAGGCAGGUGCUAGCCAUGGACGGCGGGAGACUGGAGUGGGUUGUGCUCAAGUGGAACGAGCCAAGUAUCAAGUUCUAUGAGAGCAUCGGAGCAGUUGCUAUGAACGACUGGGUGGGUAUGCGUGUUGAUGGAGAAGGUUUGAACAAGUUGGCCCGUUCACUAGACUGA